CCUUUGUUGUUGUUGACUUUGAUUGUAUUCUCGCUUUGCAUUUACAGUCGUCCCUUUCACACUCGUUUUUGGUUUUUUUUUUCAUUUUCUACUUUGAUUUUCUACUGACAUGCUGCUUGCAUUGCUGGAGGGCCUGCUGCAGCUCGGCGGAGGCAGUCCGGGAGCGGGUGCCUGCUCGACGACAACAAUCGUCCUGCUGGUGCUCACGGCGCUGCUCGGCGGGCUGGUUGCGUACACGCAGCUCAGCCGCACACGCCGGCUCGUGUCGCUGCUGCCAGCCAUGCCCGCGCUGCCGCUGAUUGGCUCUGUGCCCUGGUUUGAGCUGGACGACGCGCGCUUCUUUGUCCAGUUUGUGGGUCUCGUUCAGCAGUUUGGCAGCGUGUUUACCAUCUGGCUGGGGCCCAUCCCGAUCGCCGUCCUCACCGCCCCAGAGUCUGUCGAGGCCGUGCUUCGUGGCUCGCAUCAUAUCGAGAAAUCCUUCAUUUACUGGUUUUUGACACCCUGGCUGGGUCGCGGCUUGCUGACCUCAGGCGGCGACAAGUGGCGCACUCGUAGACGCAUGCUGACGCCGGCCUUCCACUUUGACAUUUUGCGCGGAAUGGUCGAGGUGUUCCGCGAGCAAGCUGAGGUCCUUAUUGGCGUUUUGGAUGCCAGCGCAGACACGAAAAAGCCGAUCGAUGUCUUCCCGCUGGUCUCGCUGUGCGCACUGGACAGCAUUUGCGAAACGGCCAUGGGCAAAAAGCUGCACGCGCUGAAACAGAGCGAAAGCACCUACGUCCAGGCUGUCUUCCGCAUUUCCGAACUCAUCCACCAUCGCCAAAAGUUUCCCUGGAACUGGCCGGAUUUCAUCUACAGCUGGCUCCCUGAUGGGCGCGAUCACACACGCGUUCUGGCAGAGCUCCACAACUUUACCGACUCGGUCAUUGCAGAGCGACGCGUCUUCCUCAACGACAACCCCGACGUGACAGACGAGCAGGCCGACUCGUCCAAGAAGCGCCGUCUCGCGUUUUUGGAUUUGUUGAUUUCUGCGCGCGACGAGGAUGGCAACCACCUUUCCAACAUGGACAUUCGCGAGGAAGUUGAUACAUUCAUGUUCGAAGGCCACGAUACCACCGCUGCAGCCUUGGCAUGGUCGUUGCAUUUGAUUGGCAGCCAUCCCGAUGUUCAAGCAAGAAUCCACGAAGAGCUUGAUCGUGUGCUGGGCAGCGAGCCGUCGCCCUCGUUUGAGCAGCUGAAGGCCCACGAGUUGCCGUAUCUCGAGAUGACGCUGAAGGAAGCACUUCGACUGUUCCCAUCUGUGCCGGCCAUCAGUCGCGUUCUCGACCAGGACAUUGACGUCUGCGGCUACAAGAUCCCAGCAGGGCUCACCGUUGGUCUCAUCCCGUAUGCUGUCCAUCGCGAUCCAAAGCAUUGGCCCGACCCGGAAGCAUUUAAUCCGGACCGGUUUUUGCCCGAGAACUCAGCCAACCGACACCCGUACGCCUAUAUUCCGUUCUCCGCCGGUCCCAGGAACUGCAUUGGACAACGGUUUGCCGAGUUUGAGGAGCGUGUCGUCAUGGCGUCCAUCCUGAAGCGAUUCCGGAUUGUGUCAACUCAAACACGAGACCAGCUUGCCCCCCUUGGCGAGAUCAUUUUGCGGCCUCGAGACGGUGUCUGGGUGACGCUGGAGCGACGCUGAGUGGUCGACACAAUAGAGAUAUCGUUUUUUUUUUCUCCUCCCUCCCCCGUCUGAUUUCGUUUUUGGCAUUAUUGAGUGAGUCUCUGUUCUUUCCUUCCUCCGAUUUACGCAUGCACGAUUGUGUCCAGUUGUUUGUACAAUAAUUGCUUUCGUUUUUUGAGCA